AUGAAACUGGACUCGAAUAAUAAAAUGAUUAAUAGCGAGAGUGGCGCUGAUCUAGCCGAAGAAGUUGUGGACCCGCGACAAAAUGCUGAGGAUAUUAUCGAUGAAAUACUCGCAGAGUUUACUGAGUCGCGGUCUCCCGAGGUUGGGAGGAACGGAAUACCUGAGAAUCUCUUCAAUAUGAUACAGCCUCCAAGGACGCGUACUCCAGCAAAUUCUUUCUCCGAGAAUGCCACAAUAGACGACAUAGACCCUGCAUCAGAUCUCGGUACAUCAAUAAGAAACAAGUGUUUGGAACUGGAAGAGAUUCUUCAGAGCCUCAAGUCGCGGCUCAAUCAUGUUGUUUUGGACGAAAAUAUCGUGCUAAGCCCAGAGGCUAACUCAAUGGAAGCGCAACUCGAACACGACCUGGAUACAGACUGCCAGGAGGAUCUGUCCCUCCAAGAGUUUCUGGAGCUGCUGCACUCGCAAAACAAAAUUAGCCCGACAGGAGUACAAUGAUUGCUUAGUGGACCAUCCCCAUAAACAUACUACCUUCUAAGACAAAAUUUACAUGAAUUUAUUGUGUGCAAAUUGAAUUUUAGAUUUUAUUGAAGUGCUAUUAAAUAUUCAGGCCUAA